ACAUUUAGUGAGAUUGAAGGAUGUAACAUCCAGCUAGCAUUCAAGAAAUAUAGAGCACUGUGAGAUACAAAGAUGCAACGCUCGGUCGAGCAUAAAAUGGGCAACAUCUCUCCAGAGUUUGCGUCCUCCUCUCGUACUCUCACAGCAACAAUCUCCACAGCCCUCAUUUCCAGUCCACCGUUAACCGGUUUCCGUGCUCUCACCAAAAUGAAAUCGUUCGCCGCCCUUGCCGCCCUGCUGGCCCUGGCCGCAGCCUCUCCCGUCGAGCUGAGCCCCAGAGACGAGACCUCGCUCGAGAAGCGGGACACCGAAAUUCUCUAUCUCUCCAACUGCCGGUACCUCGUGUCGUGCUGCCAGCCGGAAGCCCACUCGUCACACAUCUUUUACUACUCGGCUAGUGCCAACUCACAAAACGGCAACGCGCCCGCCAGCAACGACCAGUGCGCCGUGACGACGGACAACUACGUUUGGUGGGAGCAGGACGGCAGGUCGUGCAAGUUCCCCACGGGGGUCAGCGUCGUCACGCACAUUGACGCGGACGCCGCGAGCCGUCCGCUCUACUCGUGGGCUGGGUGGGCCUCCAACGGCUACAAGAACUUCAACUGCUACCGCGACAACGGCCGCACGCUGUUCACCACCAGCGGCCCCGAGUGGGCCAACACCUGCUCGAGCGUUUACUACUGCGUACCGCAGUAGCCCUAGUGCUCUUAUGAGGUGGAUGAUGCGCCUAUAGUGAGGGAAAGGGGUGGCAGACACAUGAUUUAGGCCAUACCCCACAUGAACGGCCAGCAACAAUGCUUAGGGCAGCGUUGCCGUUUAUGUGCUUGUUGCUGGCCGGUGGACAAUGCAUAAGCGAUGGCAUCUAGUAAACUUACCUAUACUGAAUUAUGUAUCGACCCGAUGUGGUGAGGUUAUGUUGACGGAAUGCCGGCUCGCCCCGAUGUACUCUCGAUUGUCCUGUCAGUUUGGUCUAAGCGUUAUAUAGGGUAUAGUCCAUGGCAUUCUCAAGAUAGAGGUGACAGUGAGGGCGUUAAAUCCAUGGCUACCGGCCGUAUUAUAACGUACAGCAGUGUUGGCCGCCAGCGAUGCCCCGUU